AUGCAUAUGAAGCUCAUCUCAUCGUUCUGCUGGAACCAAUCGAUGAAAUACCCGGUUGUCCGUCAAUUAAUAAAAACGAUCAAAUGGUCUGUUCAGCGAGAAAUGGCGAUGAGCUUCUCACCGUACUCGGCUUUGACUCGGACUACUUCUGGAUUAAUUUUACUAUUCUUCUAUUGA